AUGGUGCUGCAUUUAUGGCCGGCUGACUACAAUAAGAAGCUUGAGGAUACGCUCAUGAAAGACUACAAUAGCCGACAUCGACCAGUGAAAUCAGAAUCGACUACGGUACAAGUCAGCGUUUAUUUGGGAAUAAGCCAUGUAGAAAAAGUGGAUGAACAUGAGCAAACUAUGCUGGUCCAUGGCAAUUUAUGGGCAACAUGGAUAGAUGAAUACCUUGUAUGGACUCCAAAGGAUUACAAUGACACCCUGAAAAUUAACAUUGAUUCAUGGAGAAUUUGGCAACCGGCGUUGGCUCUCUAUAACAGUGCAAGAGGCAACUCUUGGCAUCUGUACAUGCAUGGCUUACCAGCAAUGAUUAGCAGUAAUGGAAGAGUUUGGGCAAGCGGUUCGUUCUCCUUCCAUGUCACUUGCCGUUUCGAUUUCACUGCAUGGCCGUAUGAUGAGCAGGAAUGCCCAAUUGUUAUCGCUGAUUGGGUUUACGACCUAUCCCGAGUGAAUCUCUCAGAUCCUCAGGGUAGUACUCCAUGGAACAAGCCUACAGUACGUCUCAACUACGAUCCAACAGGGAAGAAUGAGAAAAAACACGUUGCAGGUUCACUGAUGAGGGGAUGA